AUGGAGAUUUCGAUAUUUGCAUCAGAUAUCUGCUACAAGGAGGUGAAAAUUCAUUGUCUACUCAGUUUCUCAGUUUUCCUCUUUCAAAAGCAAGAGAUUUUUCAAGACCUUGCUCCACUGCUGUGGCACUCCUUUGGCACCGUUGCUGCACUGCUCCAGGAGAUUGUGUCAAUCUACCCUUCACUUUCAUCUCCUACUUUGUUGCCAGUUGCAUCAAACCGUGUCUGCAAUGCACUUGCACUUCUUCAGUGUGUUGCUUCACACCCUGAGACCAGGAUCUCGUUCUUGAAUGCUCACAUCCCACUGUACAUGUACCCGUUCCUAAAUACUACCAGCAAGACCAGACCUUUUGAGUACUUGAGGCUUACCAGCUUGGGUGUUGUUGGUGCUCUUGUGAAGGUUGACGAUUUUGAAGUUAUUGGACACAAGCAGCUGCUUGAAAGGACAUCUAGAAAAAAUGGUGCAUUAUUAGAUGCCGCCUCUCCUAAUUCAUAA